AUGGCAACAGCAAACGAAGCGUCCGAGCCGAGCCUCAAAGAAACAUACAACGAGGCGAAACUGCGACAGACUCAGCUGGACUCUCUUGAUCCUCGAAGCUCUUCAUACAAAGAUACGCUGCAAUCCAUCAUAGACAACUUUGAACGAUGUCGGCAAUUGAUUCGACAACUCGCACUCUUCAGUCCAAAUGAAGAAGUCGAGGACAUUGCCACUCAAGAUCUACAGUAUUUGACCGUGGACUACAAUCUGGCGGAGAUGAAGAUCAAAACGUACAGUGAGGAUCGACUUUCGUCGCUACAGGCGUCUUUGGCACUUCUGGAGAGCUUCCUGACCCAGCUGGACAACUAUGGCCUCCUUGACUCAUCCAAUCACAAGCUAUACGAGCGAUUCCUUGAGCAGCGACACGGCUUCAGGAUAGUAUCCUCCAGCAACCCCGAAGAAAAGCGCAAAAUCAAGAUUACUCGAUUUCAGGAAGAAAAGGCUCUGAAGCAGAAGCUCGAGUACUUGAGAGGCGAAUCUCAGAAGAUCAAUAUUGACGACGAUACCAUCCGGAAUCUUUACCUGGCUGAGAUCGCCCUCUCUGUAAAUAGGACUUUUUCUUCGUUAGAUAUGAUCACCCAGGAGCUUGAUAUUCUGUCUCAUAUGCGCCAAGUUCCUACUCAGGCCAGUCCAUCAAUAGACCAGAGAGAGCCAACUAGAUCUGACGGAUAUUCUGAACGUCUGGAUGGACCCAUGACAAUGGCAGGGCUAGGCAAGAAGGGCGGUCCUUUGCUCAGCUCGAGUGGAAAACCACUUCAACCUUUCACUCUCACCGACAAACGCACCCAACUUCAACAAGGUGUCUUCCGAUCUGGUCAUAAUCUCCCCACCAUGAGCAUCGAUGAAUACCUCGAGGAAGAACGACGCAGAGGAGGCAUUAUCGAAGGGGGAGGUAAUGCCAAUGCUGCUCAGCCGGAGCCCGAUGAAGACAACAUGGACGAGGUUGAUGCUGCCACCAUGAAGGCUCGACAGUGGGAUGAGUUCGUCGAAGCGAACCCUAAAGGCGCUGGCAAUAGAUUGAAUAGAGGAUGA